GAUACUGCCGGAUUAGCAUCGUUGCACACACACCUCAGUUACGCCGAGAAAUCGUCUUUCCCAUUGAUGUUGAUAGUUUUGCUUACACUGAUUGCUUUGCCGUGUUUGGUCAUCUAUAUCUACAGACGAAAGAGAUUGAUUCGACUUGGAAAGCAGCAGUCCGUACUCGAUCGAGCCGGGUUCAAACCGUUAAGAACGGAUGACCCGGAAUCAACAGACGAUGAAUCGGAAGAUGAUACCAUCAUUGCGCGGCAAAAAAGCGACCAUAGGUUUGAGCCGUUGCAGUUCAUAAUGUGGUUCACCAGUGACGCAGUUCCAACUACUCUGACCGUUGCUGCUGACCAUUGGUCAGCAGGCGAGCGACUUGACCUCCACCUCACCUCCUCAUACUCCUGUGCUGUAAAAUUGUUUAUGAAGUUACUGUUCAUUACCAGAGCUUUGUUUCUGCGUCUUUCUCAUAUUGACGUCAAAGCCAUCACAUGCAUCGAUCCCUUAUUAUCCCAAUGUGAGGAGCCAUCGCACAAAAAAGUGCAAAAUAUCAAGUCGUACAAGAAAAUGGUUGCUCGAAUUUUGCAGAAUACUAGAAAACAUGCACGACACGUUCGAGACGCCAAAUGA